AUGCCCUCCAACCAUCGUGGAAACCAUGGAAGCAGCGUACCUAAUCAGUUCCUCCGCGGCAAUCAGUUGGGUUCCUUGCAAUCGUCAAGCCACCAUGGUCAAACUCAGCUUUACAACAGUUGCCAUUCAUCAAACCGUUCAAGUCUGAUCCCCUCACCUCCUCCAACCGCUGGAAGUCAAAUAGUCAACAACUCCCAGUCUCACAUUGGAGGCAAUCAGUUCGGGUCCUUGCGUCCAUCAAGCCAAGGUCAAACUCAACCUUACACCAGUACUCACUCGUCAAACGGUUCAAGUCCAAUGCUCACUUCCCCUCCUCCAUUGGCUGGAAGUCAAAAUCUUAUUGACUGCCAGGCUUACAUGCCCCCUCAGGCAUCUAACCAUUUGAACGAGUCUCAACAAUCAUACAGCGACAGUUUUAAUCACUCCCAGUCUUCUCAGAAUUUUAAGGAUACUCAGCCGUUAUCACAACACUCUCAGGCAUCUUCCAAUUUUAACGAGUCUCAGCGAACACACAGCCAAAAUCUUCAUGACUCCCAGUCUCCUAUGAACACUCAGCCGUCAUCUUACAGCCAAAAUCUUAAUGAAUCCCAGUCUACUACUCAAAAGACCAAAAAGGUCCGCAAACCACCUGCGUCCAAAUCUACUUCCACUACUCCUUCCAAACCUGUUUCCAAAGAACCCAAGACUCGCUUAGGCAACUACUCCGCAGCUGAAGACCUCGCACUGUGUCGUGCAUGGGCUAAGGGUUAUCAUGCAAGUGGCAAGUCAAACCAGAACAUCAUCAGUGACGCCCAUGCUAUUUAUCUCAAGUUGGAAGGCUCCGAGUUUGCACGCUUCCAAUGCUACGAUUUGGUUUCCGAUUCUCCAAAGUGGAGCGAUCACCUCACCAAACAAAACGACAAAAAGAAAUCUGACAAGUCUGACGCUACUCCUGGCAAUCCAACAAGCUCUGAACGCCCCAUGGGAGCCAAAGCGAGCAAAAACCUCAAGAUGCAGCCACCUAGCCAUUCUCCGGAAAUAGUUGACCUCACUAAAGCGCUUGUCAAUUCCAGCAAAGCGAUGUCCAAACACAUCGAGCGCCAGGCGGAAGCAAUUGAACUCAUGAGUCAAGACUCAUUCUUGAGAGGGGGUUUGGAAGACCUAGACCCUGAUACUCAAGAUCUAUUCGGAAGACGACGUGCAAAAGUCAAGAGAGACAUGGAAGCCUCAUUGGCCGAAUAA